AUGUGGUGGCGGCUGCUGCUGGCCUUACUGUGGGCCCUUGAGCAGGCACAGGCAGAGGGGCUGGGGAAGCUGAGCCAAGCUGACGAUGGUGGUGUCCCCGACGGAAGGCUAUGGAUCUCUGAUGGCCACCAACAACCCAACAACCCACAUAGAGAUGUGGAUAUGGAGACUCGUGGCCGAUUCCAGCUGGUCGGGGACCCUCAGGACAACAACUGCUCCUUGGGCAUCAGAGAUGCAAAGAGGAAGGAUACGGGAAGAUACUUCUUCAGAAUACAGAGCAGUUCUGUGAGACACAGUUACAAAGACAAGCAGCUCUCUCUGUGGCUCACAGUGCUCACGGAGGUCCCUGUCGUGGAUGUGCCCGAGACCCUGCAGUCCGGAUGCUGCAGCAACCUCACCUGUUUGGUGCCGUGGGCCUGUCAGCAGGUCCUGGACCCCGAGGCCAACCCCACCCUUGUGCUCCCCAUCACCCCCUCGCCAGAGGAUCACGGGGCCAAUCUCACCUGCCAGGCAACCUUUCCCAGAGUCGAGGUGACAGUGGAGAGAAACGUGCAGCUCAAUGUAUCUUAUGCACCUCAGAACCUGAGCAUCAGUGUGUCAUGGGGAGCCGGCACAGGUAGAACGGGACCUCUCAUCCCUGGGAGUGUGAGUGUGAAUGUGUGA